CUGGUCUUGGGCAAUGCUGGCCUCUGGCAUGCAUCCCAAAAGUAAUCGGUUUUAUCGGUUUCACAACACUUCAGCACCUGCGGAGAGCUACGGUAGUUAGCAUUCACUGAGACACUGAGUCUGAUUCAGUAACAGUGACAUUUAAAAUCGUAUUCUAUGAUUGCAAGCUCGAACUCGAGUCGGUGAAUUAUCUGACCAUUUCUACAUUAAAAUGAAUUCCUCUGGUAAAGACGAUGAUGUAACUAUUCAGUUUCGUAAUUGCAGAAGGUUCCUAGAUGGUAAAAUUGUUUCAAAUCAGCAACUUCUAGUGAGGAACGGAAAGAUUAUUGACCCUGAACCGGUAUUUUAUUGCGAGAAAAAGAAACCCACAACAGUUGUUGAUUGCAAAAAUGCUUUACUUGUUCCAGGCUUCAUUGAUGUCCAGAUAAAUGGUGGCUAUGGCUUUGACUUCUCAUCUGACCCCACAAAAGUGGCUGAGGCAGUCAGUGUUGUCUCCAAGGGGCUCUUGUCCACAGGCGUCACAUCAUUCUGCCCCACGCUUGUCACUUCUCCUCCUGAGCUCUACAAAAAGGUGUUGCCGCAGCUGAGCCGUAGACCAGGCAGCAGAGCAGGCGCAGCUGUCCUGGGGGCUCACGUUGAAGGUCCCUUCAUCAACCCUGAGAAGAAAGGUGCUCAUCCUCCUGAACACAUGCUCACUUUUGCCAAGGGCCCUGGAGUGCUGGAGGAGGUGUACGGGUCGCUGGAGCACGUGGCCAUGAUAACUCUCGCCCCUGAGCUGCCUGGAGCUGAGCAGGCCGUUGAGUUCCUCGCCCAGCGUCGCGUUGUUGUGUCUGUCGGUCAUUCGAGUGGCAGCCUGGAGCAGGGAGAAGCAGCGGUGGUGGCUGGCGCUUCAUUCAUCACGCAUCUUUUUAAUGCCAUGCUGCCGUUCCAUCACCGAGACCCUGGCCUAGUGGGACUGCUCACUAGCAAGGUGGUACCUCGUCCCGUGUACUACGGCAUCAUAUCUGAUGGAGUGCACACCCACCCUGCUGCCCUCAGGAUAGCCCACCGCACCCACCCUGGUGGUUUGGUGUUGAUCACGGACGCGAUGGCAGCGCUGGGGCUGGGAGAGGGCGAGCACAACAUCGGGCAGCUGGCGGUGGAGGUGCGGGGCCGCCGCGCCUUCCUGCCCGGCACCGACACGCUGGCCGGCAGCAUUGCCACCAUGGACGAGUGUAUCAGGCGCUUCAUCAAGGCUGCGGGUGUGAGCCUCGAGGAAGGUGUGAGAGCGGCGACAGAGCACCCGGCCCGGCUGCUGGGCCUGGCGACGACGAAGGGCAGCCUUGUCGCCGGCGCUGAUGCCGACUUCGUCAUGCUGGGCGACGACGGCGACACGCUUGGCAACGUCGACGUAAUGCGCACCUUCAUCGCUGGCCAGUGCGUCUAUGAGAGACCUGGGCUGCCCGCCCUGCAGACCUGGACCUGCUGAUGGCGAUGUGGGCGCGUGUGUGGGCCGUUCAGGAGUGAACUAUGGACCUGCUAGUGGGCGUGUGUGUGGGCCGUUCAGGAGUGAACUAUGGACCUGCUAGUGGGCGUGUGUGUGGGCCCUUCAGACGUGAACUAUGGACCUGCUAGUGGGCGUGUGUGUGGGCCCUUCAGACGUGAACUAUGGACCUGCUAGUGGGCGUGUUUGUGGGCCGUUCAGGAGUGAACUACGGACUUGCUGAUCAGGAUAUCUGUGUCAUUCCGGAAUUAUAUCAGUUCCGGCUAGUGAGGAUACCUAGGUCGUUUAUGGGAGGUGUACGGGGCAGCUCAUAUCGGAUGCCAUAUGGGAGUAUCACCGAUACUAAAUUCUAUAUCGAGUUGGUGCCUUUCAGUGCCGUUGAUUGCUUGCAAGUGCCUUAUUAUUCUCAUUAGUUAGUUACUUCAAUGUUUCCUGUUCAAGGUGAAUCUGCUACAGUUUUUUAAUUCUUUCUAUUUUCUUAUUACAUGCUACUUAUUCAUCCAAUAAUCAUUAUUUCUUUAUUGCCGUUCAUUGUUAAAUGGUACAAAUUUCCGGUGUAACACAAAACUGUACAGAAUUUUUAGAGGGUAAUAAUUUCUUUGCCGAGAAUUGCUUGCAUUGUCUUAUCAGAUGCGAUUAGUUUUACUAUUAAUAUUUUGCUCUCUAAAUAAUCGUUUCUAUUUCAUUUGAAAAUCCAAUGCAAAAUGAAUUCUAAAUUAACAAGGUUGUGCUGUGAACGUUGCAAGAAUGUUUUCUUAUAUCUUUAAGGUUCUUCCUCGUUUCUUCUGUGUUUAUUUGAUCAGUGUUGGGAUUUAUCACUAAGUUAUUUGGGUCAACCGGUUGCUUGCUCAUGCUUAAAUGUUCUUUGAAUUUGUGGUAGGCGAGUGCCGAAUUUCGUCGAUUUAGCGUCCAUGAUGCUUUUCUACCAGCCAUCUAAGUCAGGGUGACUUCUUAGUUAGUAUUUUUGCACCACAUUUAGUUUUAGCUUCAUGCUUGAAGGGAAGUCUGUAAAUCAAAACUCGCUCUGAGUCUUUCAAAUCGAAACUCGCAUAGGAACAUUUAGCAGCCUAACUACACGUAGCUCCCGAUUUCUCGUCUCUGAUUGGUAGAUAUAGCACGGAACAUUGGUAGAUGUGAUGCAAUUCCGUCUGAUUGGUAGAUGUGACGGAAUUACAAACUUCAACAUUCAACGCGUUGGCCAUUUGAGAUCUUGUGUGUUGGUAAUCAAUGACAACUCGUUUGUGAAUUCAAGAAUGUUUGUCACCAUCGAAACCUGUCAUCAGGCUAACGAAUUUUUUGGUGGGCUGAAGAUACCGCAUGGUUCGUUGCGAGGCGCUCGUAAAAUAUGACUCUCUGCUUCAAAGUUCGAUUUUACCGUUGUUUUGAUGACAUCAACAGGAAAACUAUUAUACUGAAGCAACUUUUCUCAUGUAACUAACGAAUUAAUCUAAGCUUUACUUUUUUUGCUAAUUUCUCUUGUAAAUGUUUGUCCUCCUUGUUCUGACAUGAACAAUUUUGUCUCUGACAUCAAUUGAGGACAUGUCAGCUCGGAUGUUCGAACUAGUUUAUUUAUUCAUUAUUAAUUCACUAUUGCCUGAUAUUAAUGCUUGUUAAGUUGAGAGCGGUCACUGUGAGCUUGUAUGUGGGUUGGUUCGGCUUGGGACGCGUUGCUGUGAUUGAAAUGUCUUCCACUGUCAACAUUACCACAUGAGCUUUGAAUUAACCCUUAAUAUAUCACGGUAAACACCGUUCAUAGGGUAUGGAAUAACUACUGCGUUAUGUACAAAUAAUGCUCUAAAUGAAAUUUUUCUAUAUUAGAGAAUAAACAACAAAAUUUCUAGUAUGCCCUGGAUCAGUAAUUUAUAUUCUAAUUAUAUUGGAUUUGAUACAUGAAACGAAUUCCCUGAUUCUCAUGUUUACUGCCUAAUCACUAAUAAAAUAUUGAUAUCUCCGGUGAAUCAAAGAAAUGCAGUAAAUUAACAGAGUUUAUUAGUUCAAUUUUCUGGGAAGUACCUACUAAAUAUGAAAAUCCGGUAGGGAUUUACUGUAAAGUUUUUCCUAAUUACUUCGAAUGUAAAUGGAAAUUCCUGAGAAUAUAGUGAAUAAUCACUGUGAUUGUAGGAUAGAAUCGCCACGAGAUGAUGCCUAAUUUUUGUUAAUGAAGUUGAACGUUGCUAUGAACUGCGUGUGGAGAAUUGAUAUCCGUGAUGGUGGUUUAUUAUGCUAAGAAUUUUGCUAGGUUGUUGACUAACUAAUAUGAAUAUUUAUUUGUUUUGUUUGUUCUAAUCUGGAGUGUGUGAAUAUAAACGUCUGAAUGCGUUCUUUACGAACCAUUCUUGCGUACAUGUUGUCCCGCUCUUCUAGGCUCGCCCCCCUGAGCGCAGCGCGAAAUUUUUAUUGUUAUGUUUAGCUUGCAGAGAAACAAGGCAAUAAUGCGCUAUGUAAUGCCGUUUCGUCUGUGCCUAUCGUGUCCGUUUCUUCCGUAAUUAUCUCCCGACAUAUAGCUUCGGAAAUUAUAUUUUCUUAUCUUUCCAUUUCAGUAUUUGAGGAAAAAUUUAUGGAUAUGAAAACAAUGUGCGCAUAGUAAAGCAUUUAUUAUC